AUGAAGACAGGCAUAGAAGAGUUUCUGUUCCUCUUGAGAAUUAUGACCAUGGGAUGACAAGCUCAUCAGAAGGUAUUGACAGAGACAGCGCUGUAGACAGUAAAAGCCCUCCCUUUAAAACUUGACCUCCCUCUAAAUGUUCACUAUUUGUAGUAUUAGUUUCUCAUGUUCUUCAGAGACAUGAAACUCACGGCUACAGAGGCACUUUCUCAUCUGAACAUGAAGACACGCAUAGAAGAGUUUCUGCUCCUGAUGAGAACCAUGGCCAUGGAAUGAGAACCUCAUCUGAAGGUAUUGAUAUCUCCCAUAGAGACAGCGCUGUAGACGGUGAAAGGUCUUCUAUCAAACCUUCACCUCACUCUAAAUGUUCACUAUUUGUAGUGUUAGUUUCUCAUGUGCUAGAGGAACAUGAUAAUCAUGGACACAAAGGCACUUUCAUGUCUCAUCAUGAGAACCAUGAGGAGAUUCCCACAAAGAAGCUAUUGGAAAAUGAAGGUAAAACUUUUCAAAGUAGUGUAGUGGUCACCUCAGCAGAUUCUUGGAGAUGAGAAUGUACAUGAGACUCGGUCUUUCAGCAAAGCUACAAAUGAGAAGAAACUGUAUCAAUAUCUUGUCUUUGGCAUUCUAGUCUCUCGCUCACUUCAGGACCAUGACCCUCAUAGCCCCAAAGACACUUUCUCACCUGAGCACGAGGAAGGCAAAGAUAGAAGAGUUCCCCUUCCUCCCAAGAAUCUUGGCCAUGGGACGACAACCUCAUUCAGUCAUGAGGAGGAAAUGAUAGUUGCAGGUAUUGUCAUCUGCUAGUGUUGUAGAAAGUAGAAACCCUUUCCUUAAACUAAAACUUCACUCUUUAUAGCAUUAGUGGCUAAUGCUCUUAGGGAACAUGAGACUUAUGGCCAGAAACGUUCUUUCUCAUCUGAGCAUGAGGAUGAAGUUGAAGAAGUGUCCCACAAGUCUGAGAGUCAUGGCCACAGUACUUCCUCACAUGUGCUUGAGAAUAACAUGGAAGGUGAGGAAAAAGUCGCCCAAAGUCAAUUUAUCUUUUAAGGGUCCAGCAUAAUGGAAAUAACUGGUUAUGUCCAUGACAGUUUUCCACAGGUCUGAGGGACAUGCACAUGAGACUCGUGGCCACAAUGGCCAUUUCUCAUCUGAGCAUGAGAAAGACAGAAAGGUUGAGCACAAAGACAGUCAAAUGAGAGGUACACGCAUGUCUGCGGGACAUGGCCAUGAGACGGAUGGCCACAAUAGCCACUUCUCAUCUGAGAAUGAGAAUGGCAGACAUGAUUCUCACCGAUCUGAGGGACAUGUACACGUGACUCAUAGCCACAAUGACCAUUUCUCAACUGAGCAUGAGAAUGACAGAAAGGUUGAGGACAAAGACAGUCAAAUGAGCGGUACACACAUGUCUGCGGGACAUGGCCAUGAGACGGAUGGCCACAAUAGCCACUUCUCAUCUGAGAAUGAGAAUGGCAGACAUGAUUCUCACAGGUCUGAGGGACAUGGGCAUAAGAGCCAUGGACAUCACAUUUUCUCAUCUCUGCAUGAGAAAGACAGGGACGUUUUCCACAAGUCUGAGGGACAUGGGGAUGAGACUCAUGGCCACAAUGGUCAUUUUUCAUCCGAGCAUGAAAAUGACAGGGAAGUGAGAGUCUCGCACAAGUCUGAGGGACACAGUCAUGAAACUCAUGGCCACAAACAUUUCUCAUCCGAGCAUGAAAAUGACAGACAUGGACAUGCUCAUGAGACUCAUGGGCUCAGCCACCAUUUCUCAUCUGAGCAUGAGAGUGGCAGACAUGAUGAGGAAGAACUGGGACAAAUGAGAGGUACUCGAGCUGGAUAGUUUUCAGUUUCAAUGCAACUUGAAUGUGGUUUUCUUUUACAGUCGAUGGAGAGGUAUUUCUGGGCUUUUGGAAAGUAGUGCUUACAGUCGACGCAACAAAACGCUUCCCUUUAUCGUCGGGUAGAGAGGGAGGAGGCGUGGAAUGCCACAAAGGGAGGCGUCCAGCCAUUUUAUUUGCGGCGACGAUGGCGUCCCUGGACUGCCUGUUUACUUGAAACACAACAAUGAGGCGCUAGAUAUG